AUGUCGGAGCCUGCUGGAACCUCGCCCAUGGAGGGGCGAUACAAACAGCGCACACAAACACCAUAUCUGGAAUCCGACUAUUCCUACGACUCGGAGGAUAGCACAGAUAUGAAUGGUGCUAGACGGAAAGUUGACCACUCCAACCUCCCUGGAGGCAACCGAUCAUUGGCCGGUAUCUCUAUCAGGUCAUUUCUCCUUGGCCAAGCUGCUGGGCUUUGCUCACUGCUCACCUUAACACUGGCCUACCAUUCGCACCCUCUAUGGAGAGCCCCCUUCUUCGUUACAUGUUUAGCUGUUUUCCACUUCCUUGAGUUUUACAUUACGGCAGCUUAUAGCACUUCGUUUGCUACGGUAUCUGCCUUCCUUUUGAGCUCAAAUGGUGCCGCGUACAACAUUGCUCAUAGCUCUGCAAUGGCCGAAUGUCUCCUGAGUCAUCUUUUAUUUCCCGAGGGCUAUCUCAAAUGGACCUCUAUGCUUUUUGGUGGGGCCAGAGUUCAGGUCUUUGUUGGCUUGAUGAUGGUGCUUGUUGGGCAGAUCAUCCGCAGCUUCGCCAUGGUCCAGGCAGGCUCAAACUUCACCCAUACCGUUCAGACACAGCGAAGAGACGAGCAUGUACUUGUUAAGUCCGGUUUGUACAGCAUUCUAAGGCAUCCUAGCUAUUUCGGAUUCUUCUGGUGGGGACUAGGAACCCAAUUAGUCCUCGGGAACUUCGUUUGUUUCAUCGGAUAUGCCCUCGUCCUUUGGAAAUUCUUCUCAUCUCGGAUACACCGCGAGGAAAAGCUUCUAAUUGGAUUUUUUGGCAACGAGUAUGUAGAGUACAAGAGCAAGUCCUGGGUAGGAAUUCCAUUCAUUGGUUAA